AUGAGAAGUACCUCACGCAGCGACUCGCAAGUACUCGUUGCAGCUUCACCUGUGGCUGCUCUGGCUGGCAGUGCAGGCACGCGCUCGAUGGCGCAAGAAGCCGGAAUGAUUCCAGGCCUCCGCGAGCCUGCCAAAAGGAAAGGCCUGCGAGCACGCGAGCUGGACUUCCAUUCCUCUUCAGGCACAGUGCCGCUUCCGCAGUACAAGCCAAUGUUUGAUGUGCAUUUGCAGCACCUGUGGGUCAACCCUCGGAUCAGGCAGACUAUGCAGAGUGCUGGCUUCCUCGAUGACGAUGGUAAGCCAGUCGAUGUUGAUGCUCACAGACGGAAGUUGUUUGUCAUCGAGCAGGAAUUGGCGCAGGCCGACAUGGUGGAGCGAUACCGUGCCAGGGACAAGGAGAGAAAGCGCGAAGAGAUGAUCAUUUUGGCAAAGCGUCAAGAAGUUCAUCAGCAGCGCAUUGAUGCUGCCGGGUGCCAGGACAGGCGUGCCACUGGUUGCAACUUGAGCCUUGCCAGGCAUGGCGAGAUCAGCAUCACCCCUGCAGCUGAGUGGGCAUGUUCCGAUGAGGCAACCGGACUGUUCGAUGUCGUGUCGAUUGCAGUCAAACAGCUUAUGGCAAUCGUGCCUACCAUCAUCCUAGCACUGCGACAGGUCGGGGAUCGCGAAUCGGCCAUGCGCACGGCCGAGGAGACUCGACUCUGGCAGCAGAUCGACAAAUCGGGGGUGGACUUUCGCCGCGGGGGCUUCGUGACCCACACGUCCCCAAAGCUGGAGAACACAGUUCCAAGAAGGUAUAGCACUGGUGUCGUCCCCUCAGCCUUUGCCACGGACACAUUCCGUGAGUCACAGGACUGGUUUCGCCACGAGAGUGCGGCUCCUCGACCAAGGACGCCGAAUGCCACGCCCCGCAAUGCAUCGCCUCGGGGCGAAAGAGGCCUCUUUGGAAGCCGCUCGCCACGGUCUCUGUCGCCCCGCUCCCCCCUUCGAAGGAGCAUGUCAGCGCGGGCAACAUUCCGGGACAAGCCGGCUAAUCUCUUCGACCGUGCUGACGAGUCCUUCUGGCUCAGCCCUCGCACACCGAGGAAUCUGAGCAAGGUGAAGUCGGAGAUAGAACUAACUGCGCCUCGUGGCAGCUUCAGCCGCGGCAGGCUGGAGGGCUCGAGAACUGAGUCCGAAUGUUUGCCAGACCGGAUGAGCGCACGACAGCUCAGUGCUCGCCCAGACAGCGCACGACCACUCAGUGCCCGCGUGGAUGCGAGCCCUCGACAGCGCGCUGUUAGCCCGCGAGACACGCUGGGACAGGAUCGAGACUGUCGAAGUCCGAGCGCAGCAUCAAGGGUGCUCAGUCCGAACUGGAACAUGUCCGAGGACUGGAUGGCGUACUCGCGCCCACGUGAUCCCAGCCCAGUUGCGGUCAAAGCUGACCGCACGAUGCCGUCGUCGAACUUCAGUUCUGCAGUGCGGCGAAUGCACAGUGGCAAGAUCACAAGAAACUCGGAGAAUUGGUUGAGGAUGAACGGCGAGGAUGCCAAGCCGACCUUUGCAGCAAUUGCAAACAGCGAGAAUUUCCAACUUUCUCGCGGAAAGAGAACAGGCUUGAACAAGGACCCUGAGAUCGCCAAGAAGUUGAUGCGCUUCGAAGCACACAGGGUGCCAGAGCCACCCCCGAACAACCGUCGACACCAGUUCUCGGAGAAUCCUCAGGCAGCGAAGCAUGUGGAGGAGUUGCGCGCUCUCAGCCCGCGCAGACUGGCCGAUGCCGCCUUGGCCGACACCCUGAGCCCAGCAGGAAAGGCAUCCGCGACAGUGUCCGUUCAGCAUCGAACCAGUGGCGAGAUGGCGGCAGCCGUGCAGCCGGAGCUGUCGCCACGGCGAGGGGGUGCAGAGAAAUACUUGGUGGGCGAUGAGUUGGUGGACAUCGAGAACCGCGGCUUGCGCAAGAGCCAUGUCGUCAAGAAGGCGCGAAGUCGACAUCAUUGCAAUUCCGACGAGGUGCGAGAGCACAUCCAGCAGGAUCCCGCGAGCUCGGCUAUCCCGAGCUCACGCUCCGAGCGGGAGCGAAGGGUACACGUCUUCGGAGACUUCUCUGUCGUCCCAGCCACGAUGCCGAAGGACACAGCGUACAUACACUCCGGCUUACGCGUCGUGAGGCCC